UUAGGUUUUAAGCGAACGCUCUUCACGUAAAAGCAUUACUAUUUUUAGGUAAAACUGUUAUAAUAAUGAAUAUUUGGCAUCUACUCAAAGGCAGUUGAAGUAGCUGCAUAUCUGAUAGUUUUGCACGAUUUUCCCGCUAAAUUAGCAUGCCGUCCCUUGUGCUCAGCUGUCCAGUUUGCGGUCUGUACGGAUAUAUCAGUAAACAAAUAGUGCAAAUGAGAUGGAAGGAUGGCUACGGGAUAGUUUAUCCGUCGAAUUCGUCUCUUCAAGUUUCAUGCUGAGCUGGCAAUGUGAGAGACAGCAAUGAAAACCCUUGAAUGCGCUUAGCGAAAGGCACGUUUACACGGCCGUCUAGGCGUGUAAUGAAUGUUGCAGAACAGCUUGCCGAUAUUAGCCUACUGAGAAAUGAAUCGAGCGUUGCUGAAAUAUGUCGUAGAUGUUAGUUAAACGCCGUUAAACACAGAUGCCCCCAGGAGUGGCCCCCUGCGCGUAAUCCAUGUAGUCCUACAGAAAAAUCCCUAGUUCUUGCCAAACGGACGUACUUACAAUCAAGCCUUUUAUCAAGAUGAGCACACUGCAAAUGGUAUUGUCACUUUGGUUUUUGUGUGCGCUGUUUAUUCUAAUGCUGGCGCUCCGGCUGGAUGAUCGCACACAGUGGAGCUCUUUCGGCGUAUUUACGCCAAUGUGGAUGUUGGACGCCAAACUACUCGCCAUAUCGGGGUACAAGGUAUACAGCCGCCUGGGUCGACAGCAUUUCGAUCCAACAUGUCUACGCAAGCUGCUGUUUUUCCUCGGCGUAGUAGUAAAAGCGUCGUUUCAGGCGUUACUCUGUCUGCGCCUCGAGUAUCUUCCUCACUUGCCGUGGUCCGUAGUUUUCAUCCCCUUUUGGGCUGCCCUAAUUUUUUUUCAAGCCAAUGUCAUUGUUAGAGUUUAUUACUUCCUCGACCUUGCACAAUAAUGUUGAAGAUGUCGGGUUACGAAAAACCAAAAUCGAUUCAAAAUAGCUCCAUUCUCCACAAAAGGUUUUACGGGAAUAGCAGAUUAAAGUGCUAGUUAAUUAUUGUCAAAAAAAUUCAGUGUAUACCUGCGAACAAGUAAAUUUAUGACAUGUAUCGUUUAAGUUACGGCUGGAAUCGUAAAUAAUUUAUGUAAUAUUUAAUCAUUUAGCUUAAAUGUCAACUUCCCAAUGCAAAUUUCAGGCUAUACUGCAAAGUUCACAAACAAGUUUUAUAUGUGUAUACGCAUUAACGGGAUCCAAGUUCACACGAUCCAAAUGUAUACAGCUGUAAAUAUUUCGAAAAGUACAGAGAAAUAGAUAUCGAUAAAUAGAUAAGAUUGAUUGAGGUAUAAAUUGAAAAAUAAUUAGAGAAACACAGUAAAGUAAACAAUAAAAAAGCAGUAAACGUAUUAGAAAAGAAUACACUAUAGAUGCUUCUGUGUCUAUACUUUAGAUAAUUAAAUAUUUUAUUUACAUGUAAUAACUUGUUAAUUAUUAGCGCUAUCGGUACGAGAGUUAUUAUUUUCGCUCCGUUUUUCUCUUGUCGCGGAAAAAUUUCGAGUCGUUCUUUAUUUGCAUUACGACGGACUUAAACAUUAGCGGUUUCAAUUAAAUUUCAUUCUAUAACACUGACGUCAAUGUUUUUCAAGUGUUUUUCAAUUAUUAGAUAAUACAAUUCUGCGUCAUUUUUCGUUUCUCAUCAGAUCCUUUGUUUCCACAGAGUGAUCCUUUUAUAGAUUUUCUCCUUUCUUUUUGUCAUAUUCCUUUGUUCCAUAUUUGUAUUUCUUGGUACCGCAUUUGCUUUCGUUAAACUUCAUUCUCUCCUUCAUUCUGCCUUCGCUUAUACAGAUUCACCCGUAUGUCAUUAUUCUUGCUGUCACUGUCCUUAUCAUUGUCUACUGUAAUAAUAAUUCAUUGUAAGAAUAUUACAGAAAAGAUUACACAGUUCUGCUCCACAGAAACAUUGU